AUGGCCCACAUACACAGCCUAGUGCCGCAAGUGGACCCUCAGUAUCACGCUGGGCGCAGAGUCGGCCGCAAUGUCAAGUACCCAGACACAGAAGUGUUCCAAGGCUUCAAUGCGCCCAGUAGGCUCGAAGGUGAUGUUCUGGACCUCGAGGUCACUGGUACCAUACCACUUGAGAUCAACGGAACAUUCUAUCGAAUCCAGCCAGACCAUCGCUUCCCGCCUAUCUUUGAGGACGAUAUCCACUUCAAUGGCGAUGGCGCCGUUACAGCUAUCAGGAUCCAGGACGGUCAUGCCGACUUUAAGCAACGCUUCGUGCAGACAGACCGCUAUGUUGCCGAGACGGCAGAGCGUAGAGCCCUCUUUGGCCGGUACCGUAAUCUCUACACGGAUGAUGAGCUAGUGAAGGGUAUUAUCCGGACAGCGUCGAACACUAAUGUCGUCUUCUGGCGCGGUAUGCUGCUUGCCAUGAAGGAAGACGGCCCUCCGUUUGCCAUGGACCCUGCCACGCUGGAGACAAUUGGACGGUAUGACUUUGAGGGCCAGGUUCGAUCGCCAACGUUUACAGCUCAUCCCAAGUUUGACCCUGUCACCGGCGACAUGGUGUGCUUCGGUUAUGAAGCAGGCGGAAACGGGUGUGACGCUAGCAAUGAUAUCGUUGUAUACACCAUUGACGCGGAUGGGAACAAGACCGAGGAGUGCUGGUACGAAAGUCCUUUCUGCGGCAUGAUCCAUGACUGCGGCAUCACAGCGAACUAUCUGGUGCUGCCACUAACACCCCUCAAAUGCUCUUUCGACCGGCUGAAGAAGGGCGGCAACCACUGGGCUUGGGAUCCUGAUGAGGACCAGUGGUACGGUAUAGUGCCCCGCAGAGGAGGAAAGCCGGAGGACAUCAAGUGGUUCAGAUCCGAUAACGCUUUCCAUGGUCAUACAGCGGGUUGCUAUGAAGACGAGAAUGGCGACAUUGUUUUUGACCUUACGGUGGCGGACGGCAACGUCUUCUUUUUCUUCCCUCCCGAAGCCACUGCGCCGGGCAGCGUACUCAAACGGAACAAGCUCAAAAGUGAGACUUGCCGCUGGGUGUUGGAUCCCAAAGCGCCGAGCGGCACUCGAGUAUAUCCCGCAAAGUCUUGGAACACAAGCGGUGAGUUCUCGCGCAUCGACGAUCGCUACGUAACGAAACACUACGACCAUUUUUGGCAGGCCAAGAUCGAUCCAAGUCGUGAGUACGAUUUCAAGGCAUGCGGUUCUCCGGCCGGCGGCCUGUUCAACUGCGUUAGUCACUAUACCUGGAGUGGCCAGACAGAGGAUGUCUACUGGGUGGGGCCGCGAUCUACGUUACAAGAGCCAGCAUUUAUUCCGAAGGCGGGUGGCAGCGAAGCGGAAGGCUGGCUCAUCGCGCUCGUCAAUCGGCUCGACGUGCUGCGCAAUGACAUCGUCAUCCUUGAUGCGCUGAAUCUCCAAGCCGGUCCGGUAGCGACGAUUCACCUCCCGUUCAAGCUGCGGCUGGGUUUGCACGGCAACUUCGUCGACCAUGCUGAUAUUGCUGAAUGGGAGAAGCGGCGCGCGAAAGAUGGCGAGGUCGGUCCGGUCAGAGCAGCAACAGAACCGCUAGCCUGGCAGCUGCAUGGCGGUGGAUCGAUGCAGAACGGCAAUGGCGUGAAGACGGCGUCUUAG